AUGCGGCCCCGCGCUGCCCUCGCUGGCGACGCGCAGAAGACUGAGACCAAAGAGGAAUUUGUUAAAAUUAGAAGGAGGGAUUUGGAAAGGCUGACAACUGAGGUUAUGCAAUUGCGGGAUUUCUUACCCAGAAUAAUAAAUGGGGAUAUCCUUGGGACGUUCCAGAAACUGGAUGCUAUCGAAUCAAACAUGGAGAAAAAGGAGGAGGAAAUAGAGCAGCUGAAAAUGGAUUGUGGACACUUCAGAGCCCGUCUGGAAACAGCCCAAGCAGAUUGCAUGAGAGAGAAGAAGGAGAAACUGCACCUCCGCCAGCAGCUGAAUGAAGCCAAGCAACAACUCCUGCAGCAAGCAGAGUAUUGCACAGAAAUGGGUGCAGCGGUGUGUACGUUGUUGUGGGGUGUAUCUAGCAAUGAGGAAGCUGUUAAAACCAUUCUAGGAGGAAGUAAAGCAGUAAAGUUUUUCACAAUCACUGCACAGACCAUGGAGAGCUUUGUGAAGUCAUUAAGUGAAGACAUGAAACAGCAGGAUUUGGAUUCUGACGAAAAUCAGUUUGUAUUAGCUUUGGCAGGGAUUGUAACAAAUGUGGCUGCACUGGCAUGUGGCCGUGAGUUCUUGGUUAGCUCAAGUCGUGAAUUACUGGACACAAUGAUGCGCCUCCUGGGAGACAUGAAGCCAGGACUCUUUACCAAAUUUAAAGUGCUAAUGCUAAUGUCACUUUACAAUGUGAGUAUCAACUUGAAAGGCUUGAAGUACAUCAGUGGAAGUCCAGGUUUUAUCCCUUUGCUUUGGUGGCUAUUGGAUGGUAAGUUGCUUGUCACCUUGAUACAGUGUGGAAUUCAGAGAGACUAUGUCAGUGACAUUUCUCAUCUAUCGUGGGAAAUCGCUCCAGACCCAGAUACAGAAGUUUGUCUUCAUGCUCUGCGGCUCCUUCAGUCAGUGAUUCUGGAGCCAGAAGUAUUAGCCAAGUCGUCCUCUGAGAUGCGGGACACUUUGCCAUUUCAGCGGAUCAUUGCGCUGUCCAAGAGCCGCAAUGCAGAUCUGCAAGCACUUGCAAGAGAACUACUUGAAGAUCUUAAAAUACUCGAGUAUGAAGCAUAG